CAAAAUGAUAGUCCUGCGUCCUGUCCUUUUUUGGCUUCUCUCACUUCAGCGUCUUUCUGUGGGAAUCGUGCAGCGUGCACGUGUUUAAUGUUGUUUUAAUGUUGAAAAUAUGAAGCCGAAAGCAAGUGCCAGUCUCGAGAAAGCUGUGAAAAAUGUGAAGCAAGUUUUUAAGAAACAGAAAGCCGAAACUAAAGCAGCCACGAAAAAGAAAGAAAGUUUAAUAAAACUUAAACCUAAACGAUUCAAACCAGAGAAGUUCAAAAAUAGAGGAAUAGUUUAUGUCGGACAUAUUCCUCAUGGAUUUUAUGAAGAACAAAUGAAAGACUAUUUCAAACAGUUUGGGAAUGUAACACGAGUACGAGUAGUAAGAUCUAAAAGAACUGGAAAAAGUUGUGGUUAUGGUUAUAUUGAAUUCCUCCACUCACAAGUUGCCGAAAUUGCAGCAGAUACUAUGAACAAUUAUCUCAUGUGCGGCCGAUUAUUAAAAGCUACAUACAUUCCAUCUGAGAAGCAACACUCUGGAUUUUUCUCAGGCGUAAAUUGGUCAGAAGAUAAAUAUCCUAAACUAAAAAAUAGAAGACAGACAACUCUAAGUAAAAAUCGUCUUCAAAGUGCCAAGGACCAUGAGAAAUAUGUUCAAAGAUCACUCAAUAAUCUUUCAGCAUUAGAAAGUAAAUUGCAAGUUAAGGGGAUUAGCAUAAAAUUUGAACCCGUCGAUGUACCAAAAAUGUAACAAACUAAACUGUUAAAAAUUUUCAGAAACAUGAUAACUUCUGCAUAUAUCUGCAGAUGUAUGAGACCUAUAGUUUUAUGCGUUGAUUCCAAAUGGUUUAUCAGAAGUGAUUGGUAUGGCAAAGAUACUAUCGAUAAUUUAUUAUUACUUUUUAAGAGAUAUUGGCUCAAAUAAAAUUUAAUAUGUUUUCUGAAUAAAUAUGAAUCCUCGGAUUUUUGGUACAGAGAGCAAACGCGCAAAUUCUUUACGCUACAAUUGUCUAAAAUAUUGUAUAAAUUAUGUACAAUUAAACUCUAAAUAUACUGAAUAACGAACUUAA